UGUUGCCUAACCUAUGAGAGGCCGCACGAUUGGAUUCUCUCCAUUCAUCGUCUCCUCGUUAGAGAACAAUCCUCUUGGAUCGGCCCUCUUUUUGGAAGAGAAACACAGCAUCAGUGAUGAGCGCAGGCGAGUUACUCACAACUUUAUUCUGGAUGUUGGAUGUGAAUAACGUGACCGGGUGUCAGAACCAGGCCUUGGUGCUGCAGCCGGCCUGGGACUACCUCCACCAGAACCACCAUGACCUCCUGAGGAGCCCUCUCUUCCCUGUCGUCCUCUCCGUCUCCACCUACUUCGUCUUGGUCGGGCUGUACACCGUCCUGGACUUACUCGCACCCACCUGGCCCUGCAUCAACCGCUACAGGCUCCACCCUGACCGCCCCGUCACCCGUCCUAACAUCUGGAUGACCUUUGGUGUCACCAUCUACAACCACGUCUUCUACAUCUUCCCGUCCGCAGUCGCUCAGUGGAUGUGGAGGCCGCCAACGCCUCUGCCCUCCCAGGCGCCCACUCUCUGGAGCUUCUUCCUGGGCAUCGUUGGCUGCAUGGUGGUCUUUGACUUCCAGUAUUACCUGUGGCACCUGCUCCACCACCGGAUACCGUGGCUGUACCGUACUUUCCACGCCGUGCACCACCAGUACAGCCAACCCUUUAGCCUCGUCACUCAGUACCUCUCCGGCUGGGAGUUGUUCAGCGUCGGAUUCUGGACUACAAUCGACCCCAUCCUGCUCCAGUGCCACUGCCUCACCACUUGGGGCUUCAUGGUCUUCAACAUCUACGUCUCCACCGAGGACCACUGCGGCUACAACUUCCCCUGGGCGCUGCACAACCUGGUGCCCCUUGGCCUCUGGGGCGGCGCCCCGAAGCAUGACACGCACCACCAGCGGCCCGGCACUAACUUUGCCCCUUUCUUCUCGCACUGGGACUGGCUGGGGGGCACCAACACCGUGCCAGCAGCCGUCGGCGACGCUGCUGCAGCAACGGGAGAGGACGAGAUGAAAGGGAGGAAAGACUAAAGAACUCGAGUUAAUCUCUCAUUGACUCUUUUACUCAAACGGCCUCUUUUGUCCCCGCUCUCAUUCCUGCACUUUUUUUUUCUCUCUCUUCUCUCCCACAGAUCUGUUUUCUGCCGCUCCUGAUUACCUGCAUGUUUCAUAUUAUUAUAGUGAUCGGCAUAUUUCGAUUAACACCUAGAAAAAAUAUGGAUAUUCUUUUUUCUUAAGGAGCUCUAAUGUCGCGCUAAAAGUAAAUUUUGGGGGAAAAAUUAUCUCAUACGUCCUUUUGUACAUGUAUUUGUGUAUUUCCUCAGGACA